CUGUGCCUGUGCGUAAUUUCUUCGCCGCUUCCUUGGGCUUCGACUGGUCUCUCCUCCUGGAAGACCCGCGAGACCGCGAGAGCUGCUCCUCGGCACCCUGCCGCUCCCUCGGUCGCACGCCUAUCCUCCUCGUCGUUCUCGCUCUGGCAGCUGUCGCGGUUGAUGCUGUCGCCGGUGGAAGCUCAACUCUGUUAGUCUCCAAAAGAGAUACUUUGGCUUAUCUAUCAGAUGCAUUGCAGAUAGUCUCUGUCUACAAUGAUGAAACGCUUUGUCUACAUCAAUGAUGAUUCCUCGCAAAACCUAUACUGUGACAAUAGAAUAUCAAACAGAAAAUACACUAUAUUGAACUUUCUUCCUAAGAAUUUAUGGGAGCAGUUCAGGAGGUUCAUGAAUCAGUACUUUUUGCUUAUUGCCUGCCUCCAGCUGUGGUCACUAAUCACUCCUGUGAAUCCUGCAAGCACAUGGGGCCCACUUAUCAUUAUAUUUGCUGUCUCAGCGACAAAAGAGGCAUGGGAUGACUACAAUAGGUAUCUUUCUGACAAGCAAGCAAACGAGAAGGAAGUAUGGGUUGUAAAGGAUGGAAUUCGGAAACAUAUUAAAGCACAAGAUAUUCAUGUUGGUAAUAUAGUGUGGUUGCGAGAGAAUGAUGAAGUCCCUUGUGAUCUCGUUUUGAUUGGGACAUCUGAACCACAAGGCAUCUGUUAUGUGGAGACCGCUGCUUUAGAUGGUGAGACUGAUCUAAAGACAAGGGUUCUUCCAUCAUCUUGUAUUGGAUUAACACCGGAACAGUUGCAUAAAAUCAAGGGUGUGAUUGAAUGUCCCAAUCCUGACAAAGACAUCAGAAGAUUUGACUCAAAUAUGCGAUUGUUUCCUCCCUUCAUUGAUAAUGACUUGUGUCCAUUAACCAUCGACAACACGCUUCUACAGUCAUGCUAUUUGAGGAAUACUGAAUGGGCUUGUGGAGUUGCUGUUUAUACAGGCAAUGAAACCAAAUUGGGAAUGAGUAGGGGUGUACCUGAGCCAAAACUUACGGCUGUUGAUGCAAUGAUUGAUAAGUUGACUGGAGCUAUUUUUUUAUUCCAAAUUGUUGUGGUAAUUGUCCUAGGUUUUGCUGGCAACAUUUGGAAGGACACUGAAGCCCGCAAGCAAUGGUAUGCCCAGUAUCCUGAGGAUGGUCCAUGGUACGAACUCCUGGUCAUUCCCCUACGUUUUGAGCUCUUAUGUUCCAUUAUGAUACCUAUUUCUCUGAAGGUGUCUCUUGAUCUAGUGAAAAGUAUAUAUGCAAAGUUUAUUGACUGGGAUGAGGAAAUGUAUGAUCAUGAAACGAUGACUGCUCCUCAUGCAGCGAACACAGCAAUAAGUGAAGAUCUUGGACAAGUUGAAUAUAUUUUAACUGACAAGACAGGGACACUUACAGAGAAUAAGAUGAGUUUUAGAAGAUGCUGUAUCAAUGGUACUUUUUAUGGCAAUGAGAGUGGAGAUGCUUUGAAAGAUGUCGAACUGUUGAAUGCUGUCAUCAAUAAUGUUCCUGAUGUAAUCAGAUUUCUUACAAUCAUGACAAUCUGCAAUACAGUUGUCCCUGUCAGAAGCAUGAGUGGGAAUAUCUUGUAUAAAGCUCAAUCUCAGGAUGAGGAUGCACUUGUUAAUGCUGCUGCUAGAUUGCAUAUGGUUCUCAUAAGUAAAAACGGGAACAGUCUUGAAAUCAAUUUUAAUGGCAAACUGAUCCACUAUGAGAUACUAGAUACUCUAGAGUUCACUUCCGAACGCAAAAGAAUGUCAGUGGUUGUUAAGGAUUCUGAGGAUGGGAAGAUCCUUCUCUUGUCCAAGGGUGCAGAUGAAGCUAUCCUUCCUUUAUCGUAUGCUGGGCAGCAGAUUAGGCCUUUUGUUGAUGCUGUGGAUCAAUAUGCUCAGUUGGGUCUGCGAACUCUUUGUUUGGGAUGGCGUGAGUUGAAAGAUGAUGAGUAUAAAGAUUGGUCACAAGCAUUUAAGGAGGCCAGAAGUACAUUAGUUAAUAGAGAAUGGAAGCUGGAUGAAGUUUGCCAAAGAUUAGAGCAUGACCUUGAGGUUAUUGGCGUUACCGCAGUUGAAGACCAAUUGCAGGAUGGUGUGCCGGAAACAAUUGAAACACUAAGGAAGGCCGGAAUCAAUUUUUGGAUGCUAACUGGCGACAAACAGAAAACAGCCAUCCAAAUUGCUCUUUUAUGCAACUUCAUUUCCUCAGAACCCAGAGGACAACUUUUGUUUAUUAAUGGUAAAACUGAAGAUGAAGUUUUAAGAAGUUUAGAGAGAGUCUUACUUACAAUGAAGAUAACUUCUUCGGAACCCAAGGACUUAGCUUUUGUUGUGGAUGGUUGGGCCCUUGAGAUCAUUUUGAAACAGUAUAGAUCUGUAUUCACUGAAUUGGCAAUUCUUUCAAGAACAGCAAUCUGCUGUCGGGUGACACCUUCCCAGAAGGCCCAGCUUGUUGAGCUGCUUAAGUCAUGUGAUUACCGGACUCUAGCAAUUGGUGAUGGUGGAAAUGAUGUGAGGAUGAUACAAAAUGCUGAUAUUGGCGUCGGGAUUAGUGGUCGUGAAGGGCUGCAAGCUGCAAGGGCAGCUGAUUAUAGCAUUGGAAAAUUUAGGUUCCUUAAAAGGUUGAUUCUUGUUCAUGGGCGCUACUCUUACAACAGAACGGCGUUUCUCUCACAAUACUCCUUUUACAAGUCAUUGCUGAUAUGUUUUAUACAGAUAUUCUUUUCUUUUUUCUCAGGUGUCUCUGGGACCAGCUUAUUCAACUCUAUUAGCCUUAUGGCUUAUAACGUCUUUUACACUAGUGUACCUGUUCUAACAGUUGUUCUUGACAAAGACCUCACAGAAAAGACAGUAAUGCAGAACCCCCAAAUUUUAUUUUAUUGUCAAGCUGGAAGGCUCUUAAACCCAAGCACAUUUGCUGGAUGGUUUGGUCGAUCAUUAUAUCAUGCUCUUGUUGUUUUCUUAAUAACGGUACACGCAUAUGCUGAUGAGAAAAGUGAGAUGGAACAGCUAUCAAUGGUUGCCCUCUCAGGUUGUAUUUGGCUGCAGGCUUUUGUAGUGACAAUUGAAAUGAAUUCCUUCACCAUCUUCCAUCACCUUGCUAUCUGGGGCAACUUAUUGUGUUUCUAUGGCCUCAACUUAAUGAUCAGCGCCAUACCAUCGGCAGGACUGUACACGAUCAUGUUCCGCCUCUGUAGACAACCAUCAUACUGGAUAACUUUAUUUCUUAUUACUGUGGUAGGAAUGGGUCCCGUGCUGGCUCUCAAGUACUUUAGAUAUACAUACAGAUCGAGUGCAAUUAACAUACUUCAGCAGGCAGAGCGAUCUCGUGUAGCCACAUUCUCGAUACGAGACCUUGACUCGCAGCUGAAGUCAAUAGAGAAGGAUGUUGGCUCAUUGGCGUCGCGGAAUAAAUUCAAGAGCAGUGUUUAUGAGCCUUUGAUAACAGAUUCCCCAACAGCUACCAGAAGAGCCGUUGGGCCGUCUGCGUUUGAUUUCUUACAACCAGCUCAAUCGAGGUUGUCUUCAUCUUAUUCGAGAAAUUGCAAAGAUAAUUGACGAUAAUUUAUUUUUCACAUACUAAAUGAGUAUCCUUUAGAACUUUACAGGGAUGAUCAGAAUGCUGGUCUUCUGGAAAUUGUAUGUAUGUUAACAGAGUAGAGAUGCUACAUCACUUCAAACUUUUGGAUGGAAUUCUAAAAUCAGAGGCUGAUAAUAAAAACAAAUUUUUUUUUAAGAUUUAAACUGGUUUUUGAUUUCCCAUGUGAUUCCUUCUUAGAAACGCUUUUGCCAUUUGUUAUUUCCAGCUUUAAAAUUAAUAAAAAAAUGCUCUUGUUCAGAUU